UGUCAAAGUAUAUGAUAUGCACACGCAAGAUAUUCCGAAAAGAGUGAACUGAAAGGCUGAGAGUUCCAACACUUAAGUAAAAAGUUACUUACCAAACAUAAAAUGGUCGAAUCAAAGUCGGGAAAGUCGGAAGUUAAUAAGGAGAACGAGAAUCCCUCGAAGGAGAUGGAAGUUGAUGAUGAGGAGGACAGCGCUCCGGGGAAGAUCUUUUCGAUUGAAAUUUUGCGUGUGAUCAAGGACUUGCAGCAGCAGCACGGUCUCCGCCACGGUGACUUCCAACGCUAUCGUGGCUAUUGCUCGAGGCGUGUCAAGCGUUUGAGAAAAACUUUGAAUCUGCCCCAGGGAGACCGGAGGCAUUACAAGAAACGUGAUGUCACGUUGGUUAAUUUGGAGAAGGAGAACUCGGACGAGCGAUUGAUUCAUAUACCGCUCAUGUUAGCGGAACGGGCGUGGGCUUACGCGAUGCAGUUGCGACAGGAAUCGAACACCGAGCCGCGGAAGCGUUUCCACCUGAUCGGGAAGCUCAGGAAGGCCACAGUUUAUGCACUGCAACUGCAGGAGCUUUGCAAUUCGGACCAUUGCGAUGCGCGACUGAAGCUAGAGGCGGAAGCUUAUUCCGCUUGGAUCCAUGGCUCGUUGCAUUUUGAGUUGUCAUUGUGGCAAAAGGCUGCAGAGAAUCUGAAGAAGGCUCAAGUUAUUUACGAGAAUCUGGCCCAAACACUUCCAGAGGAAGAGCAAGUCGUGUACAAGGCUAAAGUGGAUGAGCUUAGUCCAAGUUUGCGCUACUGUGCGUACAAUAUCGGAGAACACGCUUCGAUGAACGAUUUGCUGGAAAUGCGAGGACAAGGAAUGUUGGAUAAUUUGAGUACUUUGGUGGCUCAAACGAAAACUGAGAGCAUGGAAGCGUUUCAGACGACUGACUGGCGUGGUCGAAAAGUUACGGUGCGUCCGGAGAAGGUUCGCUUGUUUUUACUCAGCAUUCAGGAUUUGGCCAAAAGUAUCGAGAAGGCAAAUGGCUUUCCGGCUAAAAUUGAGCUGCUCGAGAAUGUGCUGCUAGACUGCAAAGAUGCAAUUACGGCGAUCAAGGACGAAAUCAAGCAGGAUCCUAAAUUGCGUUCCAGCAGUGAGAGCGGAACGAUGACGGCUACUCAAUAUUUGUUAGCGUUUUUGUCCUACACUAGAUUAAAGCUAACACUAGAGCGCAAUCUGUUUCUGGUUGCUCAAGGCAAACUGAGCCUGGAUGAUCCCAACAUUCCGGACAAGGCAUUGAUCGAGGGUAAGCGCACAAAGCCGCAAGAUUUGUCCCGUUUGUAUGAAAUAAUUCUGCAAAACGUCACUGAGAUGCAACAAUUGUCCGGAAUGGAACAAGAUUUACAGUAUCAGGCUGAGAUCGAGACGCUAGCCCUUUCAUUCAAGUCAUUCCGUUGCUAUUAUAUUGCCAUUACGUUGGUUGCACUCAAGCGUUGGCGUGAAGCUGUGUCCAUGUAUGAGAGAUCCACCAAGUAUGCAUUGGAAGCGAUUGCCUCGAAAGCAAUCAGUAAAGAUUUCGACUUGCGCAAUGAGCUCAAGCAGCUUGUUCAGACCAUUGAGGGUUGUAAAUUUUCGGCCCACGCAUACAGCGUAUUGGAGGAUGAUACUACUGAGGACUCAGCCCUCUAUGGCAAGAGCACAAAAUCUUCGAAGGCUUUGUUCGAACGGCUGUCAACCUACAAGGAGGAUGCUUCACUCAACUCACGCAAUCCGAACGUGUUCAAAUUGACUCCCGAAAUGCAACCGAUCCCCGCGAAGCCACUGUUCUUCGAUCUGGCCCUUAACUUUGUCGAGUUUCCCUCGCUGGAUGAUAAGAUCGAGCAGAAGGGAGGUUCGAAGCAGACCGCUGGCAUGUCUGGCUUCGUCAAGGGAUUGUUUGGUUGGGGUGGCAAGUGAGCUGUUUAUAUAUCAAUUUAUUGUGUAUGAAAACAUUCUGCUCUCGAUAAUAAAGCGUGUGAACCAUUUA